CUUGUAGAGUUCGUCACUGGUUGGACUUCGACCUCGAUAACAAUGGUGACCCAUUCAAGCGCAAGCUAGGAGACCGGGAGUGGAUAGCGCCAGCAUGAAUUCCGAUAAUUUUCCUGCUUGAUUGGCACGCCGAGAAAAUCUGAUCUGCAAACAGCAACGGGCCGUAUCGUGAGGAGCAGAUCUCGACUUCAAAGGCGGCUCGAAAGGCCAUAAAUCACUUGCACUAUUCACGAACUCGACCUCAACCGCCUUUUGACAACGGGCACUAAUUCCAAACGCUCCUUCGACAGACAAGGAAGAAGAUUCCAUCGCUUUGAACGCGCCGCUAUCCGGAGGACCUCCAGAAUCCUUCCUUUUGAUGACUCGGACGCGCUCCCAUUGUGCGAGAAUCGAAUCUGUAUGGACUGACCACCUAGAACGACAAGGACGAGUUCAGUUGCUGGUGUGAAGCCAAGCUCCAUCAAAUUUGAGGGGUUCAUGAUCUUGAAGAUAGGUCGCAGUCAUGGAACGUGGAUUCAAGGUUGAGGAGCGAGGAGAUGUUUAAAUUUUCGCUCUCUGAGUGUGGCGGGAAUUGCGUCUGCAAACUCAUAGACGGAUUCGAACGACACGGUUGGGCUACAUGCGACCUUGAAUGGUAAUGAUUGUACGACUUCCUGGCCUACUACAUCAAACGCGAAAUGCUACAGGCCGCUAGGUAACUCCAGAUCCUUGACACAGGUCUGUAGGAGCGAACAUAUAUCAUGCCGACCGAAAGCACCCAUCGUUAAAAGACUCCAGCUGCCUCUUCUCCACCGAUAAUGUACGCGUGCAACCUGCGUUUUCGUGAUUUUCGUUCGCUGCUUUUUCAAUGUUGACAUUGUUAUCAAUUUGUUGGUAUUUCUUCCAGGAUUAGAGACGCGUCAAAAUAAGGGGCAUAACUCAGCGUUCGCGUUUGUCACAGAAGAGAUUAAGCAAGGAUAAUGCACAAACAUUGGAACAAGUAAUCAGUCCUAAUAUGACCGGUGGCCCAAGCAUAGAGCAAUCAACAUUGUCCUCAACGCGUGAUUUUCCCACCUUAAAUGUUCCAAUUCUAAGAGUUCGUAAUUCAAUCUAUACCCUCCACUAUAAAUCCUACACCCCAUGUCUUCCGUUACUUUCAGAAGUGGUAGAGAGUCGGCGUCUUGGACCAAUAGCUCCGCGGACCUUCCUCGACACGACAAUCACGACGCCCAUGAUAGUGACAGCAACUCGGAGGACAGUAGUGAUGACGACUCUAGCGGUGACGAAGCCGAAGAUACGCAGAGCAAAGACGUUGACGAAGAUGAGGAGGACGACGCAGGCGACAACAGCUUUGGUUCUGAUACCAUUUCCGAGUUCGAAGCAGCGUUGAUUGGUCAGCUUGAAGAAAACGAGAAUGAACAUAACGACGAAUCCAUUACCCUUCCCAACACAGACAUCACAGACGAGCUUAUUGAAUUCUCAGGGAUAGGCAAUGAGGAGGACAGCGAUGAUGAAGACAUGGAGGAUGUUAUGGCGACCAUGUCUACCCUCGAUAGUGGUGCCUCUACCAUAGUGGCUUCAUCCCCCACUGCCUCUACCCUUGUCGCUUCUGCUCCUACAUCACCAUCAACAACGGAACCCAAGACCGAUUUUCCGGGUGUCCAGCCAAAUGUAGGCAGCAAAAGGAGGAGGGUUAUAGUUGACGAAGACAACGAAGAGGAAUCCGCCGCUUACAAAAAAUUGCGGUUAUCAUCAGUCGAACAAGAGAAGCCAAACGACGCCAUGUAUGCUCAAAGUCCCUUAUCAAGUCUUUCGAGGCCUGGAAAAUCUUGUUCUAGUACGAAUGCCCCUCCCGUCGGUGUUCUUACACAAGAAGACAAUCCGACCACCCCGUCCCAAGCUUCCGCCACUCAUGUUUCAACGCUCGAGGAGGCGGUCGAAAAUUCGGACCCACAUUCGAUCCCCGUGAUAAACAGUGAGAGUAAUACAGAUACCAAGAUGCCCGUUUCGUGGCCAGGUCUACCGCGACCAAAACACUGUGUCAAGUUAAAGAGCUAUGGCGGCAUGGUACCUAGUCGGACUCGACAGACUUCACCCAUUCUGGGUGUUCCGGUCCAGCAGGCUCCGCCCAGCUUCUACUACCCCCAUUUUCCGAUCCAGAGCGUGGCUAGUCUCCCUAUACAUGCACAGACGGAGGUGCCAUCUGUAUCAACCUCCAGCUUGACCGCUACCCACAGAUCUUCCCACCCCCUUUCACCUCCUCAACCUCCAAUCGGGCCAUAUCAGGCAGCCGCCUUUCCGAACUAUUUCUUUGGGCUCAACGACCCUCCUCCAAACCAGUUCCUUACACAACCAGUCUUUCCCUAUGUUGAUAUUCCGCAAAACAUGACCGUCGAUCCGUCAACCCUGUGCCUUGCGGGCUACAACAUGAACCCUGAGAUGACGACGCCUUUGGCAAAUGAGUUCACAGUGAAUAGUGGCACGCAGGGAUAUCACCACACACCACAAGCUAUAUCCGCCCCACAGAUUCUACCGCAGACCUCGUAUAUCCAAGACUAUGGAGGGAUGUGCCCCAUGGCCCAUCCCCAGCCUCAAGAGCCGUAUGGGUCCUACUCCGGCACUGCUGCUGCAACUGCAACGCCGCCAAUCCUUAACUCUGUCGCGAGCUCUUCCUCCUCCAACACAGUUGUUCCAACAACAAUUUCAACUUCAAACUCGGUCGUGGGCUCCUCCGGCAUAGUUGCUGCAACUUCAACAUCAGCCGGGAGUACAAAAUCCGUCGUAAACUCCUUGUCUUCCCCGACUUUUACCCGAUUACCGCAAAAGGUUCUCGUCUGUCAAUGGGUCCUGGAUGAUGGGCACAUUUGUGAUCAGACAGUCGUCGGUGACGACGAGGUUGGGGGUCACAUCGCGAACCAUACAUUGAUCUACAGAGGUGAUAAAGACUGGAACGAGUGGGAAAACACCCCCCUUCACUGUCAAUGGCAGUAUUGCGGCGCCUCUUUAAAGGCAGGAUCGUUGAAGAAACACGUCAUGCGGCAACAUUUCUGCAUGAAGGGGGAAAAAUGUGAUAGGUGCGGUCAUGAAUAUGGGUGUCACGACGCAUUCAAGAAGCAUCUGUUGAAAGACGGCCAGUGUCGGGCGUUGAAGUCAGCAAAGACCUAAAGAUGGACAUAUUUCUGUAUAUCAUCAUUGUAUCUAUCGUGUAUUUACUUUCUGAUUUAUCAAAUAAAAGUGUAUCCCAG